AUAAGUAAUAAUAAAACUUUAAUUAAAUAUAAUAUUUAAUUUUUUUGUAAAUAUAAAUAUAAUUUUAAAUCUUUUCAUAUUUAACAAAAUAAAAACUAUAAUUAUAAAAUAGUCCAAUCCUGUACCAAACAUGGGACAACUAGUCCAACAUUCAGUCCAGAACUAUACCAAACACAGUACUGCACUAUUUGAUCCUGUCCGAUCCGAACCGAUCCUGUCCGAUCCGGAUCUAUCCUACGUACCAAAUGCCCCCUAAAGUCGUAACACAAGUCAAGCAACUGUUCACUAAUGGCGAAAAAAGCAAGAUUUUGGUAAUAGGAGGGACUGGUUACAUCGGCAAAUUCAUAGUUGAGGCAAGUGCAAAAGCUGGACGUUCGACCUUUGCACUUGUCAGAGAUCAGACAACCGUGUCUGAUCCUAGCAAGGCAAAACUCAUAGACAGCUUCAAAACCCACGGAGUUACACUUAUUCAAGGAGAUAUCUAUGACCACAAUAAUUUGGUGAAGGCAAUCAAGAAAGUUGACAUAGUGAUUUCUGCUGUGGGCCCAGUUCAAAUAUCUGAUCAGGUCAAGAUUAUCGAUGCCAUCAAAGAAGCUGGAAACGUCAAGACGUUCCUGCCAUCGGAGUUUGGAUUGGAUGUGGAUCGCUCCGCUGUCGUUGAACCAGCUGCGAGUUCUUUUAAGCUGAAAGCGAACAUCAGGAGAUUAAUAGAGGCUGCGGGAAUUCCCUACACCUAUGUCGUUUCUUAUGGCGGUCUACGCUACUUUUUGCAUAAUUUGGGACAGCUUAAUGCAGCAAGUCCUCCUAGGGACAAAGUAACCAUUCUAGGAGAUGGAAACCCCAAAGCAAUUUUUGUAGAUGAAGAAGAUACUGCUACCUACACUAUAAAAGCAGUGGAAGACCCAAGGACUUUGAACAAGAACCUGUAUUUGAGAACCCCUGCCAACACCUUGUCCUUCAAUGAGAUUGUCUCCCUUUGGGAGAAGAAGAUUGGCAAUCCGCUUGACAAAAUUUAUAUUCUUGAGGAUCAACUUCUUAAACAAAUUCAGGAGUCUUCCUUUCCCUUGAACCUCCUUUUGUCCCUUUGUCACUCUGUAUUUCUGAAAGAAGAUGCUACCAGCUUCGAAGUUCAGGCUUCAUUUGGCGUGGAGGCUUCUGAGCUCUAUCCAGAAGUGAAAUACACCACCAUCAAGGAAUACCUUGAUAGCUUGGUUUAAAUUUCAAGACAUCUUUGUAGCUUCACAUAAUUAUGUAGUUAUGUGAUCCUCUAUGCUAGUUUAUAUUUUCAAGACAUCUUUGUAGCUUCAUAUUAUUAUGUAACUAUGUGAUCCUAUGUCUUAGUUUAUAUUUGCGCUUUCAAUAUUGCAUUUUGUACUAUCAUUUCCUGAAAGUAAAACAGAGUAUGAGAAAAUAAAAGGACUUUACGUUCUUAUUCAUUUAUGUUACGUAUA